ACAAUUUCUGUUCUUUGUGGCUUCAGAGCAACAUUAAGAUUCAUUAUAAAAAUGCUAUUCAUAAUUUUGAAUGCAAGGCCAAUGAUUAGUAUAAUCAAAGGAAAUGGUAAGAACAGAAGUAGAACAUUGCCUUGGGAAUUGGUUAGGAAACUGACAAAGCUGAAUUCUUCCCUUCAGUAUUCAUGGGCAUUAAGGAUUUGAACACUUGGGAUUAUAGUGGUAUUUCCAUAAUGAAUACAAUUAAAAGCCUUGAAUGUUUAGCCAUUGGGACAUAAAAACUGUAGAAGUAGUUCUGUGAUUCCUUUAGGUUUAUUAUACCAGCCGUGAAUCAAUACCCAAGCUGUUUCUUAUAAAUUAUCCUUUUUAAUGAAGAGUCAGUUGACCUUGUAAAUUUUUUUUAUAUCUUUCACAGGGCAUGUCUACAAUUAACAUCCAAGUGAGAUGCUUAUAGUGUUUCCUCUUGAAUUGAAUGAGACAACAAAAAUUCUUUUGUAUUACUCAACAACAUGGGAGCAGUCAACCAAACAGCUAUAUCAGAAUUCAUUCUUCUUGGACUUAGUGAAGAUCCAGCUCUGCAGCCUUUCAUCUGCAGCCUCUUCCUGUCCAUAUAUCUAAUCACCACCUUAGGAAACUUGCUCAUCAUCCUGGCUGUUACCUCUGACUCGCAACUACACACACCCAUGUACUUCUUUCUAUCAAACCUGUCCUUUAAUGAUAUCUGUUUAAUCACAACCACAAUCCCAAAGAUGCUGGUCAAUAUCCAAGCUCAGGAUCAGACCAUCACAUACACAGGAUGCCUCUCUCAGGUGUGUCUUAUCUUGAAUUUUGCUGGUAUAGAAAAUUGUCUUCUUGCAGUGAUGGCCUAUGACCGCUAUGUUGCUAUCUGUUACCCUCUGAAGUACACAGUUAUCAUGAAUCCACAUUUCUGUGUAAUGUUGCUUCUCUGCUCUCUGUUCUUUAGCGUUAUACAUGCUUUAUUCCACACUCUGAUGCUGCUGGGGCUGUCUUUUUGCACAGAAACUGAAAUCCCCCACUUCUUCUGUGAGCUGGCUCAGAUCAUCAAACUUGCCUGUUCUGAUAAUUUCAUCAAUUAUCUGCUGGUAUACACAGUGUCUGUUCUAUUUUUUGGUAUUCCUGUUUUUGGAAUCAUUUUGUCUUAUAUUCACAUUGUCUCUUCUGUUUUAAGAAUGUCAUCCUUGAGAGGAAAAUAUAAAGCCUUUUCAACCUGUGGGUCUCAUUUGUCAGUUGUUUCCCUGUUUUAUGGAACAGGUUUUGGAGUACACAUUAGCUCUGCAUUUACUGACUCUCCAAGGAAGACUGUAGUGGCUUCAGUGAUGUACACUGUGGUCACUCAGAUGCUGAACCCCUUUAUCUACAGCUUGAGAAAUAAAGACAUGAAGAAAGCCUUCAAGAAAGUAAUUAGUAGGAUAAUAUCUUUUUUAUAA